AAGCAAUUGCUAAUUACAGAACUACUGGGUUGUUGCGACAAUCAGCUCCUCAGUCAGAUCCAUACCCUAAUUGCACCAAAGCUCAAGGUUGAUUUCUUGAGACAAUUGCCUAGUGAGAUUGCAUUCCAAAUACUAUCCUUUGUAGACCCACCUACACUGGCCCAGUGUGACAAAGUGUCGGGUUAUUGGCACUCACUUCUUCAGGACGACACGACAUGGAAAUCGCUGUGUUUGAAACAUCAUUAUUGUCAUCGUUUCCCGGUCCUUCAGUCCAUGUCCUUCAGAAACCAUUUCAUCCGCCGCUACAAGAUAGAGCAUGCUUGGGCGCAAGAUACUGGAAGCAUAGUCCACUGCCCAAACGAUAUCGGAUCUGGAUUGGUGACGUCGCUUCAGAUGGACGACAAAUUUAUAGUCGUAGGCUGUGACAACCGCCGUAUCGAGGUCUAUGACAGCACCAACGGAAAGUUCAUUCGUACUCUUCGUGGCCAUGAAGGGGGUGUGUGGGCACUUCAGUUCAUACAGCUAGAAAAUGGAAAACACCGGCUGAUCUCUGGUGGUUGUGACAGACAGGUCCGAGUGUGGGAUCUUCCAAAUGGUUGUCCACUACAUGUCCUCAGAGGUCAUACCUCCACAAUCCGAUGUCUAAAGGUUCGCGACUCCAAGAUCGCCGUUACGGGCUCGCGAGACACCACUCUGCGGAUUUGGGACAUAGAGCACGGGACACUAAAGCAUGUCUGCACUGGCCAUCAGGCAAGUGUUCGUUGCCUAGAGGUACAUGGAAACUUGGUGGCAUCUGGAUCCUAUGAUGCAACUGCACGUCUUUGGGAUAUAGAAACUGGUGAAUGUAUCUUUGUUCUCUCUGGGCAUCACUCUCAAAUUUAUGCCAUCGCAUUUGAUGGUAUACGCAUUGUAACAGGCUCUCUUGAUUCCAAUAUCCGUAUAUGGUGUGCACAAACUGGAAAAUGCAUCGCAUUCCUCCAAGGACAUACUUCCCUUGUAGGACAUCUCCAACUCCUCAAACCUAUAACACCUUCAGACUUACCUUUGCUUGUAAGCGGCGCAUCCGAUGGUUGCUUGCGUGUCUGGAACCUUGAGACGAAUGAAUGCAUACACAGGAUUUCAGCCCACGACAACUCUAUUACAUGCCUCCAAGUUGAAGGGAAACGCAUCCUCAGUGGCGGUAGCGAUGGUCAAGUCAAACUAUGGGAUAUCGACACUGGUCAUCUUUUAAGACCAUUUACUCUCCCUGGAAAGAGCGUGUGGCGCCUUCAGUUCAACGAUACAAAAGCUGUUGUUAUUCUCCAGCGACGUUCUCAA